AAUCCACUGAUAGAAAUAGAUAGAGAAAGCGUGUAGUAGAGUAUAGCUUUUUUGUGUCUUAGAGGGACAGACACAAAACACAAAGCACGCACGCACGCUCACUCACUCACUCACAGAAAAAAAGGUGGAUGAGUUCACGAGCUGAUGAGCUCUGUGUAUAUGUCUUUCUGCAACAAAAAUCUCAGGAAGUGAAAACUCUCUCAUCAGUACUCUCACGCCAAGUGUUGAGAGAAAGAGAAGUGGUUGAAAUCUUCACGAGCUCCAACACUUCCAUACCCAUCUUUUGCAGUCUCUUUCUUCUUCACCCACCACCCACUUCCCUCCACCUCAUCACCUCCACCACCGCUCUAUCUCUCUCUCUCUUUCAUCUUAGAUUUCUGGGUCCUUUGAACUUUGCUCUCAAGUCUCAACCUUUGUUAUUGUCACAACAAAAAUGAUAGUAAUGUGAGAGAUUUUUAUAGCUUCAGUUUCAGCUUCAGCUUCUUUUUAAGUCCUUGUUGUUUCAUAGUUUGAGAGACAUGGAUCGGACAGCAGUCACAGUGGGGCCAGGAAUGGACUUGCCGAUCAUGCACGAUAGUGACAGGUACGAGCUGGUAAGAGAUAUUGGGUCAGGAAAUUUCGGAGUGGCAAGGCUUAUGAGAGACAAGCAGACUGAUGAGCUUGUUGCAGUCAAGUACAUCGAGAGAGGUGAGAAGAUAGAUGAGAAUGUACAAAGGGAAAUUAUAAACCACAGGUCAUUAAGGCAUCCCAACAUUGUCAGAUUCAAAGAGGUCAUAUUAACACCAACCCAUCUUGCUAUUGUGAUGGAAUAUGCGUCCGGAGGAGAGCUCUUUGAACGGAUAUGCAAUGCUGGGCGAUUUAGUGAGGAUGAGGCACGCUUCUUCUUCCAGCAACUUAUAUCAGGAGUUAGCUAUUGUCAUGCCAUGCAAGUAUGCCAUCGUGACUUGAAAUUAGAGAAUACAUUAUUGGAUGGAAGUCCGGCUCCUCGUUUAAAGAUUUGUGAUUUUGGGUACUCCAAGUCCUCAGUGCUGCAUUCACAACCAAAAUCAACAGUUGGCACCCCUGCAUAUAUUGCUCCUGAAGUGUUACUUAAGAAAGAAUAUGACGGCAAGAUUGCAGAUGUGUGGUCUUGUGGGGUAACCUUAUAUGUCAUGUUGGUGGGUGCAUACCCUUUCGAGGACCCUGAGGAGCCUAAAAACUUCCGAAAGACUAUUCAUCGCAUUUUGAAAGUCCAGUACUCAAUCCCCGACUAUGUUCAUAUCUCUCCUGAGUGCCGCCAUUUGAUCUCAAGGAUAUUUGUAGCUGACCCUGCAAAGAGGAUAAGUAUUCCUGAGAUAAGGAACCAUGAGUGGUUUUUAAAGAACCUUCCGACAGAUCUCAUGGAUGAAAAGACAAUGAAUAAUCAGUUUGAAGAGCCUGAUCAACCCAUGCAAAGCAUUGAUGAAAUCAUGCAGAUAAUCGCUGAGGCUACCAUUCCUGCUGCUGGGACCCCCAGUCUCAACCAGUAUCUGACUGGCAGCUUGGACAUUGAUGAUGACAUGGAGGAGGAUCUGGAGACUGAUCCUGACCUUGACGUUGAUAGCAGUGGAGAGAUAGUCUAUGCAAUGUAAUGGGUUCGAUUUUCUGCCGUGGUUGAGGCAGGUGAGCUGGGAAGGCCCAUUUCCUUAAUGAAGUUAAUAUUCAUCUACUGGGUUUUGUUUUAUGCGGGUGUGAAAGAUUAGAGGAAAAACUUUUACAACUUUGCAAUGGAGGAUUCUAUGGAUUGAAAUUUGUACAUGUCAAUGUGAAACUGUUCCUCUUGUUUCUGUUCUGUGUAUCACUUUUUCUAGUGAUGUAUAUGUACCUCAAAUUUGUAAUUUUAUGCUUUUCCACUUUCCAAGUGGAAUGUGAAUGGCACCGUGUAACACUUAAAAGUAAUAUGUCAAUAUAUGCCAGUUCUUAGGAUUUGUUAGA